AUGUCGCUGCCCAGAGAUCCCGUUAGUCAGGGCCCCAGGCCUUCGUCUCCUCUGCCCGGCCAGUUUCGAUCAUUCUCCUCUUCGCUUCCCCGCGACGAAGUCACUGCCCGUCUUGCUGGGCCAGUCCAUGGAGGCUCGCCUGCCCGUGGCGCCUCUCCUGCCCUCGGGGCAGAGGCAUCGCAUACAGGCGAGACUGCCCCUCUGGGUGGCAGCUUUGGCCAAGGGCCCGGCGUCUCUGCCUUGGCCGCCGCCUUGUCCAACUCACUGGGACAAUCGCCGCCUCGCUACGGAACACCGGCAGCGAGAAUCAGCACGCCCCCGCGGUCACGGUCGCCCGCGGUCGCCGGACGGUCCGCCACACCUACGCAGGUUGGCUCCUUCGACUCGAGGUCUCGUUUCGCUCUCGGAGGGCCCGGCAGCACCGGCCCAUACGAAGACCCUGAAAUCGUCAAGAGACACCUGGUACGACCCAACGAAGCGGAAAACAUUUCCGAAGAGUCUUCCCUUCAGGGAACCAUCAAGGGCAAGCAGUCAUCCGACACGGGCAUCGGCAAUGCCAAUGACGAAGAGUUUUCCAGCUUGCAGUUGCAGGGCGGCGAUGUUACGCGCGGCAUCUACAAGUGGACCGAGCAGGCAGAGGCCAAGAGCAGGCUCAACCGGAGCAAGAGCUACGACGAGAUGCGUCCUGAACCGGAACAGGAAGUGCUCGACAUCAACUCCAUCAAGGUGCCAGGCGGCUUCAGACGCGACCACCUCCGGCGCCGGGCGUUCAGUCCCAGCGGGCAGCUGUCGGAACAGGGCGGGAACGGAAUCAGCUUUCCGGGGACUCUCGACCAACCUCGGCUUUUCACCUCGAGCUUUCUAGAGUUUCUGACCAUCUAUGGCCACUUUGCCGGCGAGUCUUUGGAGGAAGACGACGAAAACCUCGGGCCCAACGAAAUCUGGGACUCGGGCGAGGAUCACGAGGACCUGGACGACGAACCGACCGAGGACAGCGCCCUGCUGGGUCCUUCAAAGAGGAAGCGCAAGAGAAAGCCCCGCGGUGGAAGCGGCCAGAACAGCCCCAUGAACGCCGCUCUGUUGCUGCUAAAGUCCUUUGUGGGCACCGGCGUCUUGUUUCUACCCCGGGCUUACCUCAACGGCGGCAUGCUCUUCAGCAAUCUUGUGCUGAUAUUCGUGAGCAUCCUCAGCUACUACUGCUUCGUUCUGUUGGUCUCGACGCGGUUGAAGAUUGAGGGGUCCUUUGGCGACAUGGGAGGCAUCCUCUACGGCAAAUGGAUGCGAUUCCUGAUCCUGGCGUCCAUUGUCAUCAGCCAGAUUGGAUUCGUAGCCGCGUACACCGUCUUCACGGCGCAGAAUCUGCAGGCCUUCAUCCGGGCCGUGUCCAACUGCAAGUCCUUCAUCAGCAUCCCGCUGCUCAUUCUCAUGCAAACAGCAAUCUUCCUCCCAUUCUCCCUUCUCCGCGACAUUGGGAAGCUGGGGUUCACCGCUCUGAUCGCCGACGCCUUCAUCAUGAUUGGGCUGGCGUACCUCUUUUACUACGACGUCAUCACGCUCAACACCAACGGACUGGCCGACAUCAUCAUGUUCAACCAAAAGGACUGGACCCUGUUCAUCGGCACCGCCAUCUUCACCUUUGAGGGCAUUGGCCUCAUCCUCCCCAUCCAGGAGUCGAUGAAGCACCCGAGCAAGUUCCCCCGCGUCCUCUUCCUGGUCAUGGUCAUCAUCACGGUCCUCUUCACCGUCAUGGGAGCCAUCUCGUACGCGGCGUACGGCUCCAAGACGGAGACUGUGGUGCUGCUCAACCUGCCCCAGGACGACAAGUUUGUCAACGGCGUGCAGCUGCUCUACUCGUGCGCCAUCCUGCUCUCGACGCCGCUCCAGAUCUUCCCGGCCAUUCGCAUCAUCGAGACGGAGCUGUUCACCCGAAGCGGCAAGUACAAUCCCUGGAUAAAGUGGAAGAAGAACAUCUUCCGCUUCUUCAUGGUGAUGCUGUGCUCCGGCAUCGCGUGGGGGGGCGCAGACCAUCUCGACAAGUUUGUGGCCUUGGUGGGCAACUUUGCCUGCAUUCCGUUGGUGUACAUCUAUCCGCCUCUGCUGCAUUACAAGGCUGUCGCGCGCACCAGAAUGUGGAGGGUUUCCGACAUUGUCCUAUGUAUAUUCGGUCUCGCAGCCAUGGCUUAUACGACCUGUUUGACCAUUAUGAGCUGGGCCAACUCGGGGCCCAAGUCGCCCGGAUACUGCGACGGUAAAGGGAGAUGA